CCUGCACGGUCAUGUUUCACGCAAAUCUUACAAAAUUAUAUGCGACAUGUAUCAAUUCCUCAAUUUGAUAAGUAUUUAAAUAAAGUAUUUAGCGAUACAAGACAUUUCUUAAAACGGCACCCUGAAAUUUUAAUUGUUCCAGCUGACAAAGGCAAUGUCACGGUAGCAAUAGAAAAAAUAACUUAUGUUGAUAAAAUGAAAGAUAUGAUGGCUGACAGGAACACUUAUACAAUUUUGAGAAGUGACCCCACAAAUAAGGUUCAAAGUCGGAAUAAUAAUCUAGUUAAGUACUUGUUCACUAAUAAUUUCAUUAAUGAAUAUGAAAAGAAGAAUAUGACGACAUAUACUGCUAAUAGUCCUAAAAUUUAUGGAUUACCUAAAAUUCAUAAACAAAACAUGCCUCUAAGACCAAUUUGUUCUUCUAUGAAUGUUCCAUGUUAUCAGUUAUCUAAAUACCUAGUUAAAAUUUUAAAUAACAUUACUGUUAAUUCUAAAUAUAACGUAAAAAAUGCAUCAUCGUUCAUUUCAACAGUCUCACCCGUUGUUUUGGAACAAGACCAUGUUUUAGUUUCUUUUGAUGUUGUUUCAUUAUUCACCAAUAUUCCUAUUCAAUUGGCUCUAGAAUUGGUUGAAAAAAGUUGGAAUAUUAUCAAAGAUCAUACAAGAAUUCCAAAAUUAAAAUUCUUAGAAAUCUUGCGAUUCUGUGUAAUCGACAACAAUUAUUUGGAAUAUGAUAAAAUAUUUUAUCAACAAAAACAAGGAGUUCCUAUGGGAAGUCCUGCUUCUCCAAUAUUAGCAGAUAUCGUAAUGGAAGCAUUAUUAGAUAGCGUAUUUGAUAAAAUUCCAAAUAAACCAAAGCUAAUUACAAAAUAUGUCGAUGACAUUUUUAUUAUUCUCAAAUCGAAUCAUGUUAGUUCAACUCUAACUGCCUUAAAUUCCUUUCAUCCAAAAAUUCAGUUUACUGUUGAGUUGGAAAAUAACGGAGAACUUCCUUAUCUUGAUGUGUUAGUAAAAAGGAAAAAUAAUAGAUUAGUAUUUGAUUGGUAUAAAAAACCAACAUCUUCAGGUCGUCUCAUUAAUUUUAAUUCAAAACAGCCGAAACAUGUUAUUAUCAACACAGCAAAAAAUUUUGCCAACAGAGUAUUGGAUAUCAGUGACAUUGUCUUUCGUCAAAAAAACAUAAAAAUAAUUACUAAUACUUUACUUUCUAACUCCUUUCCAUUAAACAUAAUAAGAACAAUAUUGAAUCAAUAUUUUAAUCCCUUGGUUCAAACAAAUUUAGUAACAAAUGUUACACAAUUUUCAUACAAAAGUAUUCUAUACAUUCCAGGUCUUUCAAAUAGAAUUUUAAAUGCCCCCAUAAGAAAUAAAGACAAUGUUCGUUUAGCUUUUAAAUCAUCAAAUAUCUUAAGAAGUUCAUUGUUUUCAAAUUUAAAAGGUGAAUUUUCGAAAAGUGAAAGAUCAAAUAUUGUCUAUAAGAUAAAAUGUCUAGGUGACGGAAUAAACCAAUGUCCUUCCGUUUAUGUAGGAACUUCUAUGCAAAAGCUUAAAAAUCGUUUAGCUGGUCACAGAUCAGACAUAAAUAGCGGACACUCACAAAAAACAGCAUUGGCUUUACAUUGUAUAGAUGAAGGACAUAGGCCAGACUUUAACAAUGUUGACAUUUUACAGACAGAAAAACACUAUAGUAAACGUAUGUUAUUAGAAAUGUUGCACAUUUUAAAUACUAAUAAUACUGUUAAUAGGCGAUCAGAUUGCGAAGGACUGAGCAAUAUCUAUAGCCAGUUUGUCCAUAGAAAUAUUUUAGGCUAAAUUUUAUAUUUGACCUGAUUUCUGAAGAUCAUGUUUGAUUUUGAAAGUCAAAUUUUGAUUUUUGUAUCAAAUGUGAAAUUUAGAUUUCAUUAUUUUGAAAUUUGAUAAAUUGAAACGUCUUUUUUAAGGCUUCAAUUUUUGAAUUUUAAAAUAUUUACAAAAAUAUAAGAAAUAAAAAAGAGAUACCAGAAAAUUUACCAAAACAAAUUUUAAGAAAUAUCUUAAAAUUUAUUAUUUUAUAAUAUUAGUCCUGAAGAAGGGUGUAAUCACGCCCGAAACGUCGACGAAAUAUUAAAAUUAUCAAGACAGACCUACAGCCCACUUAGGAUCAUAAUUUUGAUUCAAAAAAGGUCACGAAAAUAGGAU